CUAAAACCCCAUCCUGUCAUUAACAAGUGUCAAUAAACAAAAAAGUAAAUAAAAAGUUGUGAUUUUCAGUUUUGUUCAAUAUUUGUGAUUGUUUUCACAAUAUAAUUAUCAGUGUUGGGAGUUGACUUAUUUUGUUAGAAAAUGUCCAAGACGCCUCCACUAAAUUCUUCUAAAAGCAAACACCUGACACCGUACCGUCAAAUGGGGCUAUCAAGAAAACGGAAACCUCCAAGUAGCGAUAUUUUUUCCGCUGAUAGACACCUUCUAGCCCCAUACCGACAAAUGGGGUUAUCUAGAAAGCGGAAAAAUCCACAAAGUAGCAGCAUUUUCUCCGAUUCUGAUUCUAAGCACUCAAAAACAGAAAGUGACUCUCGAGGGGGGUCUGGGGUGGAGAAUAAGGAAGCAAGCAUUUCUAGCAACCUUGACACGACCCCAAAACCCCGCGAUCUUGGUUCAGAAAAAGACGAAACUGAACCACAAGUUUCAAAAAAAAUCAAGAAAAAGGAAGAUUGUCCCAAAAUUGAUCCCCCGAGUCCAAAAACCGCAAUAAAAGACAAGAUUUGUAAAAACUCCUCACAAAAUAGCAACACAUCAGAAAAAGCGGAGAAGAACCGUCCCCAAAGUGAUGAUUUUGUUGCACCUGUGAAUGAGGAGCCCCCACAAAAGACAACCGCAAUGAACGACGUAACCAACGCGAUGCUUGAAUCAUUCCCAAUCAAAAACAGAGACCGUAAAAAACUGAAACGUUCAUUGUCACUGAAAAAAACAACCUUUGGGGAAUCUUCAAUUGACUUGAUUCCUGUAGAAACAACAGUGACUGAAGAGGAGGUCCAAAAGUUGGAAAAAAUUGUGCGAGAAAAAGAACGACUUGUGGAGGACCUGAAACGAGCUGAAAAUUUCAGAAACAAACACAAGGUCACGGAACUGAAAGAAUUGACAGCGUUGUGGAAAUCAGGGUGUGUCUCGGCCUUGAAUGACCUUGUGCCCCAAUUGCAGCCCUAUGGGGUCACAGACAUGGCAACACUGUUGCAAAAUUUAAACAUACCGCCGACUUUGAUCACUUUGUCAGAGGACGGUGAUUUAGUCUAAGUGAAAAGGCAUUUAUUUAAUUGAGAAAAUUGUGAUUUAGUUUAAGGGAAAAAGAAUUUAUUUAAUUGAUUUAGUUUCAAUAAAUUGUUACCUACA